CCAAAACCGAUUCUUCGAACUUUUCCCACCCCUCUCUCUCCACCCAACCCCGCGUCCAGCUUGUCCACAUCCUGCUACACAGGCCACGAAGCGCGACAUCGACCUACAACAUGGAGCUGCAGGAAGUGCCGCAAAUCUUCACCGAUUGCAUCGACCUCGGCGGCUGUCUCACUCCGUCUCAACCGCCGGGCCAGGUCAUUUUUGACGGCGAUCGAGACGAGAGUGCCGAAGAUGACGGCAUCUCCUUAGCCCCGCCCAGCAACAUCAAACCAAGCCCCGACAGCGUGCAGUUAUUCGACGGAGCAUACCCACGUGAUAGCCUGGCCGAGGAAACGGGCUCCAUAGCAGGAAUGGCAAACCAAAUAGGCUUCUUUGUCGGGCCGGAGCUGGGUAUCCCAGGAAGCAGCCCCGAAGACAUGGGGGCGCCAACCCAAGUCUCCCCGACGACCCUGUUCCCGGGAUCCGGCAGGCAGAUCUACGACAACCGGUCCCUCUUCCAGCCAACGCCCAUCACCGGCAGCCAGUCGAGGGCCCCCACCACUCCGGAGAGACCCGAAACGCCGAGGAAGCCAAGGCCCAGAAAGGCCGGCGGACAAGGAAGCGGAGCAGGGGAAAAGAGGAGCAAAAUCCUGGAGCGAAACCGCGUAGCGGCCAGCAAGUGCCGCGAGAAGAAGAAGCGAUAUGUGGCGGAGCUGUUGGAGCGAUCCCUCUUCCUCGAGAAAGAACACAUGAGCCUGCUACAGCAGCGUGAUGUGGAGUUAGCGCAAGCCAACAACUGGAAGAAUGGGUUGAUGAUGCACGCGGACUGCGGGGACGAGAACAUCGAUCGGUGGAUUCGUCAGCUGGCUAGCAGGGUCGCCCAGACGAGGUACAACUGAGAGAGGAAAUGAAGUGGGGGAAGUGGGAAAGAAAGCAGGAAAAAAUAAAGAGAAAAAAAAAAAAAAAAAAGAACGGGAAAUGGAAGAAAAAAAGACGAAAAAGUGUUGGGCUUCGCGUCACGAUAUCACCCACCCAAAAGGGGGAAUGCUGCCCUUUC